AUGGCAGCUCCAUCCACUUCAACGACUCAGCGUCUCCUGCGGGAGCUGAAGGACUACGCGAAGUCGCCCAACGAAGCUCUACUGCACCUCGGCCCCGUGGACGAGGAGGAUCUACUGCGGUGGGAAGCCGUGCUCAAGGGCGUCAACGGGUCUCCGUACGAAGGCGGCCUCUGGCACCUGCGCAUUGCGAUCCCCCCCAACUACCCUCUCGCGCCGCCGACAAUCCAUUUCACGACCCGCAUCUCCCACCCUAAUAUCUCCUUCUCGACGGGCGAAAUCUGCCUCACCCUCCUGACGACCGAGCACUGGAGCCCUGUGUACACCCUCUCAACGACACUCACCGCCAUCCACCAGCUCCUCACCGACCCGCAGCCGGACUCGCCGUUGAAUGUCGAUGUCGCUGCCCUGCUCCGUGAUGGAGACAUACCCGCUUGGGAAAGCGUAGUGCGGUAUUGGACUGGCGAGGAGCGAUGGCAAGGAGCAGGAAACCUAGGACGGUGA